CUCUGCACUCAUUACCUUAUGAUUCAAAGCUCUGAUUGCAUGAGAGUGUAAACUACUUAAUGAAAGGCAGCAGUGCUACUGGCAAAGCUUGAUGUGUAGUCAAUUAAUAAUAUUUCACUCAAGCAGCUGACAAAAGAGGCAAAAGAUAAUCAGUCAUGCCUGCACCUGUGGUGGAUGAUGAAAAUGGCUAUUCUCCUUUGAUGGGCUUGGUGUAUGUGUUCAAUCUGAUAGUGGGCACUGGUGCCCUGACUCUGCCUGCUGCCUUCCUGGAGGCUGGAUGGGCACUCAGCCUCUGCCUGAUCAUCAUGCUGUCCUUCAUGAGCUACCUGACGGUGACGUUUGUGAUUGAGGCGAUGGCAGCGGCCAACGCCAUCAUACACUGGCGCCGACAGCGGCAGCUGAAGCGGCAACUGGACUGCGUGUCGACGGAGGAUGGCCCGUCGGACGCCCAGUUCGGCGUGGUCACGGUACCGGCGCGCAACCCCGCGCUCGCUCAGAGAGCAGAGACGCCGGACGGCAGCCUGGGUGGCUCGGCUCGGGGCUCGACUGACGGCGUCGCCGACUCGGACUCUCUGGCUGUCUCCGAGGAGGAGAUGCGUCUUCUCGAGCCUGAUCCCGUCUCGCUGAACGAAUACUACAAUAUCACCGAGACCGUCGAGAUGGGCAAAAUGGCCUCCUUUUUCUUCUCCAGAUUCGGCGUCAACGUGUUCUACGUGAUGAUUGCGAUGUACCUGUACGGCGAUCUGGCCAUCUACGCUGCCGCCGUGGCCAAGUCGCUGCGAGAUGUCGGAUGUACCUACGUGCCGGCUAACCACACGUGUAACGCCACCAUUCCACUGUCGGACCCGUGCUGGUCUGGUCUGGAGCUGACCAGAUGGGACGCCUACCGCAUCUUCCUGAGCAUAUUUGUGGCGACCCUGGGGUCGUUCGUGUUCUUCAACGUGCAGAAGACCAAGUAUCUUCAGGUGCUUACCACGCUGAUGCGAUGGGGAGCGUUUGGUUUGAUGGUGGUGCUGGCUCUGCGCCGUCUGGUGGCCGCCGGCCGGCCGCUGGGCCACCCUCCCGCGUUCCGCCCCGCCGGCCUGCCCACCCUGUUCGGCGUGUGCGUCUACUCGUUCAUGUGCCACCACUCGCUACCCUCGCUCAUAACGCCCAUCUCCAACAAGAGUCGUAUCACAGCGCUUCUGGCGGCUGACUACGUGCUGAUCCUGGCGUUCUACCUGCUGCUGGCCUUCACUGGCAUCUUCGCCUUCCCGUCGCUGUACGACUUGUACACCCUGAACUUUGUCCCCUGCGACGAGGGUCAGAGCAUCGGCUGGUUCGAGCAACUGCUGGACUACUUCCUGUCCAUGUUUCCGGUGUUCACGCUGUCGACCAACUUCCCCAUCAUUGCCAUCACGCUGCGUAACAACCUGCAGACACUGUGUCUGACCGAGGGCCGGCGGCACGGCGUGUUUGUGCGCCGCUUGCUGUUCCCUCUGCUGGCCCUGCUGCCGCCCGCCGUCGUGGCGCUCGUGUUCCAGGACCUGCAGAUGCUGGUCGGUAUCACGGGCAGCUACGCCGGCUCCGGCAUCCAGUACGUGGUGCCAGCCCUGCUGGCGUUCUACUCGCGACGCACCACGCUCACCCUGAUCGGAAUGGGCGUGCGCAACAAGCACAGCAGCUGGUUCCAGCACACGGGCUGGGUGGUGUUCGUGCUGCUCUGGGCCGCCGUCUGCGUCAUCUUUGUCACCGUCAACCACCUCGAGGACUGGUUCGGGUUCUAGACCCGCCGCCGCCGCCGUCCGGAGGGUAUAGUUGAGGAAUCGGGCCGGCCGGCUCAACCCCGAGGAGCUUUCAGUAAACAUGGUGACAAUGUAUGGGGUCCUGGUUGUAUUCUGCCGGAUUUAGGUCGUAUCACAGGAUGCAGUGUUUUCGCGGAUUGGGCAUGCCGGGGUGAAUGUCCACACCAAUACUCAAAUUACAAGGGUUUAGGAGUUCUAAAAUGAUGCCAAGGUUGGGUAAUGUUUGUCCUUUGGUGGGGACUGUAGUCCAGUGCCACUGGCAACCCCUGGGGAAUUCGAGCUCCUAUUUAUAUUGGUGUUCCGGUAACGUAUCUGUAGAGCGAGGCUGUUCGAGGUUAGUCACAUUCCUCCUGAAUACGCACGUCAUGUUAACGUUCUUAGAUGCCACCUGCGUCUGUUUUAAUAUGGCGUUAUUAAGAACCGACCAUAAGCGCUUUUCAAGCAUAAAAGCAAUGUACUGUUAUACUCGUAUACCUAAAUGAGGCUUGCAUGGGCCUCGCGUCUCAUGCGCUUUAUUCCAUCUCUUGUGAGUUAAUCAAACAUUCGUUUAUGCUUCCACGUAUAGAUGAAACUAGAAUCUGUACACGAGCGUUGCAUGACGUUAUUGAGUUUAGUAUGUGAACCAAUUUGUCUGUGAUGUCAACUGAUUUGUCACAUAUUUUAUGAGAUUACCCUAUGAGUGACGCGCUAUGAAGCUACUUGCCACAAUCGUUGAAUACCAGCUGUUAUACGAGCUAAAGGCGUGGCGUACUAUUAAUGUCACAGCCGCAAUCUCAACUUUGUUCGUCGUACGGCAUAGGACGUGCCAAGUCACACUAGUUACAAGGCUCUUAGCGUUGAAUCGCCGUGCCCUGUCGUGGAACCCCUGGAUGCCCGCUCCCCAGUGCUUCGCGACAGGACCGAGCUAGCUGGGCCCUGUUUUAGCGCAUGAUGCUACCUGACGCUACCGGGUAUUGACGCUCAGUUUUCUUGGGAAGGUACGCGGAAUCACAUAGUUUUCCUACGUUUCCAUGGAAACCGAGCGUCAAUGCCUGGCAUAUAGCGUCAAUUAGUAGCUUCAUGCCGGCUGAUUCAGGGCCCAGGACCACUUGGUGGUACGCGGUGCGUUGGGAGAUGGCCACUAGUCAUUCAUGCGUGACACGGAGGGUUAGAUGCCGCGGCCUUCGCUGCACAGUGCACAAUUAUCGGUUUGCCCCUGAACUACGGACGAUAUUACAUUAGGUCGGAAGGCAUUUGACCAAACUAGACGAACAUGGGCUUAAUGUGGUAGUGGAUGUGGGGAUGUUCUGUACACACAGAGUCGGGCAUAGCUCAUGACAUUGCCACCUACUUCGGACUGAGUUAUAACGUUCCUGGGUGUCGGACAUGAGGUUUGUGUGAGUGGGUUGGUGGGCUCUGACGCCAGACAGGCCGCACAGUGCCGCCCGGUUGUCUCUGUAUGUCGUGUUUUGGGCAGUGUGAACGCACAUUGGUGACAUUGCUGAGGGGAACUUAUCCUAUAUCCUGUGAAGGGAGGCGAAGGAAAGGAGACCAACGGCCCUGUCUGAUGUUGGAUGUCCUUGCGUCACCGCCGCCGCCACUAACCAGCUCGUCGAUACGCAGUGUUGUGUUGCCUCACAGGUUUUGUGCUGUUCUGCGAUGGUUGAAGCGCCUGGUGACGUAAGAAAUAUAUUGUACAUGGAUCUGA